AUGAGAGUACGUUUAAUUACUAGAAGGAGCAAGAAUAUAAAGUUAGCACAGGAACAAGAUGCAUCUUUUCUUCUUGCAAUGACACCGAUCGAAAGUAAAGAGGAAAAAGAGUAUAGAGAGUUGAUGUGUGCUGAAUGGAAGAGUGAUGAAAUGGUAGCUAUAUCUGGUACUGUAUUACCUUGGUUAUUACAGACCCGCAUCAUCGAUCUUGUGUGCCAAAGUACAAAGGUCGAAGUGAGGAAAGAUGUAAAGGUCACGAAGCCUUCGAAGAAGAGCGGUCAAAAGGUCGAUGCCUUCAAGAACGGCGGUCAAAAGGUCGAUACCUUCAAGAACGGUCAUGUAUUGGUAUCAUCAGUGUGUUGGAGAUACAGGAGAUAUGUGGCACAGACAUACUUUCAAGAGUACAAUACUAGCAUGUCGAUGUAUGGUAUGUCUCAUCACGUGUUUAGUCGAUACUCUUUGUAUCGUGACAUCAAGACAUUGGAACUAAAGUAUUCAAGAAACGAAGGAUUGUUUAACGACAAUGACCAUGAUGAUGAUGGAUACCCUAUAAAUGGUCGAUCCAAACAAGAUGACAAGACAAUCAUGGUAAACGUACCGGCCAACGUAUUUAAACAAAGGUUUGGGCAAUUGAUAGAGUCAUUCUCAUUGUCAACAGAACACAGUUAUGGUCAUGACGGUGACUCUGAUGACGAACAAGAUGAUGUGGACGGAUCAUUUAGUGGAUACGAAUAUGCAUCUCUAUUGUCACAACAUAUGCCUCAACUCAAACACCUGACACUUUGUGCUCGGGCAGAAUCACGACUCAAAGUACCAUCGAGCUAUAAAUCAAUCAUCAAGUCAAUACCACUCCAACAACUGUCAUCAUUGACACUUGAUAUCUCGUGUUAUAGGGAUAUCGAUCUGACCGAAUCAAUCGCCAAAUUGUUUUCUGGCCAUGGUGCAACCAAAUCAAUGCAGCAGCCAGCCAUAUCAAUACCAAAACUCAAACUCGAUUUGAAAUAUGUAGACAAUCGAAUACUGUAUCCAGCACUGUCCCAGUAUUUGUUGUCAACAACGAGUCUUACUGAUUUGUAUCUUGGUGGUAUCGACAAACACUUUCCACUUUUAGUGGCUGCUCUCACAAGACCAAAAUCACCACUCAAGAGAUUAGUAUUGGAUGCCACUCAGAUGGAUGACUACAGUAUUGAUCUUGCACCAGUUCACUUUACUCUUGACUAUCUUCACAUUCAAGGCAGACGAUUUUAUCUCCCUAUCGAUCCAACCUCUCAAAUCAAACAUAUCGAAAUUCGAUACCGUUACCAAAUAGGUGAUAUCGAACAAUAUAUCGACCAGAACAAGCAUUUACUCAAAUUAACAUUUGGAAGAGACCUAGGCAGCCUCUUCCCAUUUAGUUAUCAUCAAGAUGAUGACAAUGACGAUGAUGAUAACGAUGAAAUGGACGAGUUAGAAGAAGAGAGGAAAAAGGAGGAGAAAAAGGAGAAAAGGGAAGAGAGGAAGAAGGAAAUGGAGAAAAAUAAGGAGGAGGAUAGGAAGAUGCUUAGUAUUAGAUCAUCGUCAAUCGUGACCCUCUCAAUAUUGACACUAGGUAGAUGCUGUAGAAGGUCAGAAGAACAAUUGUUGGGACUAUUCUUACAAUUCCCACAUUUAUCAACCCUUAAAACCACUUCAUACUUCCCUCAAGAGGAAAGAUUAUCAUUGACACUUGAUAUAACUAAAUGCACAAAGAAACUUAUGGAAACUUUUACCACAUUGUUGUUUUCUGGUGCUUCAUCAGUAAUAUUAUCAAAACUCAAACUCGAUCUAAAAGAAGCAGACAAUCGAAUACUCUAUCCAGCACUAUCACAGUAUCUGUUGACAACAACCACUCUCACCGUCCUGUAUCUCGGUAGUAUCGACCAACACUUUCCAUUGUUAUACAGUGCUCUAACUCGACCACAAUCACCACUCAAGAGAUUAGCAUUGGAUGCCUAUUUCGGACCAGAAAAUCCCAGUAUCAAGCUAGCACCAGCUCACCUAUGUCUUGACUAUCUGUCCGUUAAAGGCAUAGGAUUUACCUUCCAUCUUAAUCCCAUCACCUCUGCCAUCAAUCAUCUAACAACUCUUAAACUCAGUACAUCAAAGAUGAAGAAUAGUACAAACUCGCACUUACAAGUAAAUCAUUCAUUUGAUCAACUUGGUAUAAACGAAAAAGAAGAGGAAGAGCAUAGAAAGAUGAUAUGCGCAGAUUGGAGGAGUGAUGAUAUGGUAGCUUUGGCUGGUUCAGUAUUACCAUGGUAUGUGCAGACGAUUGUACUCGAUCAUGUAUGCAAUGUAGACUCUGUGAAGAAUAAGAAGAGUAUUAGUAUAUUGGUAUCAUCAGUGUGUUGGAGAUACAGGAGGUAUGUGGCACAUACAUACUAUCAAGAGUACAAAUCAUCAAGCAUGUCGAUAUCUGAUAUGUCUCAUCAUAUCUUUAGUCGAUACUCUUUGUAUCGUGAUAUCAAAACGCUCGCGAUAGAGUAUUCGAGGAAUCAAAGCUUGUUUGACUGUGACCAAGAACACAUGUCAACGCUGGUCCCAAUCAAAAUUUUAAAAGAGCGGUUUGGGUUAAUGAUAGAGUCAUUAUCAAUGUUUACAGCACACAGUUAUGGUAAUAGUAAAGAUACUGAUGAUAAACAAGAUGAUGUAGAUGAAUCAUUUAGAUCUGAUGAAUAUGCAUCACUCUUGAAGCACUAUAUGCCAAAACUGAAACAUUUAACUCUACGUGCUUCUAUAGAGUCAAAACUCAAUCUUCCAACCACCUAUCAAUCAAUCAUCGAGUCAAUACCAAUACAUCAACUAGUAUCAUUGACAUUAGAGAUUACAUGCAAGUUUAAUAAGGAAUUAACCAAAUCAAUCGGUGAACGAUUGUUUUCUGAACAAACAACAAUAUCAACACUCAAACUAAAUCUAAAAGAACCAAACAAUCAAAUACUCUAUCCUUUACUAUCACAGUAUCUUUUGGUAACUACGACUCUUACUGACCUGUCAAUCUCUGGAAUCGAUGACAUUCACUUUCCACUUUUAUUUGGUGCUCUCACACAAUCUUCACUCAAAAGAUUAGAGUUGAUUGCCGUUCCUGUGGUAGACUAUUGUCAAAAUCUUGCACCAGCAUUCUUUAGUCUUGACUAUCUGUCCAUUCAAUGUAGAGGUACAUUUACACUCCAUCUCGAUCCCAACUCUUCCAUUAAGCAUCUCAAUAUUGAUGGUCCCACCAAAAUCAGUAACUUUUCUCAAUAUAUGACACAAAACAAACAUUUGGUUGAAUUGAGAACGAGCAAAGGUCUUGAUUCCCUCGUAUCUUCCAAAGAGCAAGAUUGUUUAAUUAAAUCGUCAUCUGUCAAGUCGCUCACUAUCCUUGAUGCCAAUUUGACAAGUCAAAGGGCCGAGAAACAGGUAUUGGACCUAUUGACCCAAUUCCCUAAUCUUACCACUCUCAAUAUCCAACCCACUAGAAAACUAUACCCACUAGCUUACCAAAAACAAAAAUAA